ACACCAGGGGUGCAUCGAUUCGAUUGGCUUCCCAAGCAAACAAUGUUUUAUUAUAAUGACGAGCAGACGUCGAAUAUCGGCGUCGCUGUCUCCGGGACGCCAUCGAACGUUCUGCUUAACGUCUGGAGCGACGGCGACCCUGGAUGGACGAAGGGCCCGCCGAAGAGCGACGCCAUUGCCACGGUGCAGUACGUGCGGAUGUAUUUCAACUCCACUUCUCUAGUGGAGGCAGCAUUCUCGGCUUCUUGCAAGGCAGCAGGGAGUCCUGCCGCGUGUAGUAUAUAG